UUGCGUACGUGCGCUUGAUUGGCUUUGAUUGAGUGCUUUGGCAAAGCUUGUGAAAUUUACAGUAGCCACACAACGACAAAGGUGCUUUCUGGAUGUCCGACCCAAUAGGGUCUGUAAGCGGGACCGUUUACAACGUACAACAUGUUUAGAAGUACCUUUCAAGGUGGAUUUCUGUCUAUAUUGUAUAGCAUCGGAAGCAAACCUCUUCAAAUAUGGGAAAUAAAGGUGAAGAAUGGUCAUAUCAAACGAGUUACAGACAAUGACAUCAACUCGCUUGUCUUGGAGGUUGAGGGUUCAAACGUCAGUACCAACUACAUCACGUGUCCUGCUGACCCGAGGCAGACACUUGGUAUCAAAAUGCCAUUUCUUGUGAUGAUUGUCAAGAAGACCAGGAAAUAUUUCAGCUUUGAAGUCCAGGUGUUAGAUGAUCAGAAUUUACGCCGGCGCUUUCGGACAUCACCAGGAGGGCCUACGGAACCAGUUAUGUCGAGACGCAGCGUGUUCAGGUGCGUUUGUGCGUGGACAGCAGAGGAAAGUGAUCACCAAAUGCUCCUGAAGAACCCAAGGAAAGUAAUGGAAAUAGAAGUAAUCCAAAGUGGGGUCCAGCUCUUGCCAUUUUACUAAUAUUUUAACUGUCAUAAAAUCAUAAAAAAAACAAUUAACCACUGGUAAUAUGAAAACAUAAAAAACACUGAAACUUUAAUAACGAAUGACAAAUUUUGAAGGUGAUUCACAUUUAAACAUGCCUCAAACAUCCAUCCAUCCAUUUUCUGAGGCGCUUCUCCUCACAAGGGUCGCGGGUGUGCUGGAGCCUAUCACAGCUAUCAUCGGGCAGGAGGCGGGGUACACCCUGAACUGGUUGCCAGCUAAUCGCAGGGCACAUACAUAAAAACAAACAACCAUUCACACUCACAUUCACACCUACUGGCAAUUUAGAGUUGUCAAUUAACCUACCAAGCAUGUUUUUGGGAUGUGGGAGGAAACCGGAGUGCCCGGAGAAAACCCACGCAGGCAUGCGGAGAACAUGCAAACUCCACACAGGCGGGGCCGGGCAUUGAACCGCGGUCCUCAGAACUGUGAGGCAGACGCUCUAACCAGUCACCCACCGUGCCGCUGCUGCCUCAAACAUUACAUCCUUAAUUCCCAAAUAAGUGUGAAAAGAAGUUUUCAUGCAUGCUCGGCAGUUGCACAACAUUAAAAACAAAAUACAAUGCAAAUGUUGACACUAGGUCUUACUCAAUAGCCCUUGUUGAGGUUGAUCCGUCUUUUGGAACAAGUGUGGCCAAAUACAGUUACAAGAAAAAGUAUGUGCACCCUUUGGAAUUAACUGGAUCUCUGGAUAAAUUAAAAUGUAAUAUGAUCUUCACCUAAGUCACAACAAUGGAAAGUCUGCUUUAUCUAAUACGACACAAACAAUUAUGAUUACAUGUUUUUGUUGAACACUUGAACAUUCUCAGUGCUGGGUAAUAAAUGUAUGUUAGUGAUGUACGAGUGCCACUAGUAGUACAGUGCGCUCUCUAGUUGUAAGCAAAAGAUUCACACUUUAAGUACAUUCAGUUGCAUUUAAUCUUUUAAGAAUGGUUUGUUUUUAAACUUAUUUAGGUACAGUUUUAACUUUUUGAUAUACACUUUUAAAGGAAUCAUUUAAGUAUAGUUUAAAAAAAAAAAAAAAAACCGUUACUAUAGUUUAGCACAGUGUUAAUGUUCAAACUGAAUAAUGUACAGUUGCUUACAAAAUUAGAUAUAAUUUUUGGAAUAAAACCUCUGUCUCGUUUUGAUGAACACUUGGGCCUAUUACGCUACUGUAUUUUAAUGCUGUCAUUAUGGUGGCACUUGGAAUGCUAAGUAUUUUUUGGGGGUGAUACUUGGUGUAAAUGGGUUGAGAACUACUGCCCUAGGUCAAGGGUGGACAGCUAAUUUUCUGAAGGGGCCAUGUGACAAGCUGAAACAUUUGUCGAGGGCCACACCAUGUUAACCCCAAUUAUGUUAAUUAUGAAUUUAACAUCUUUAUAUAAAUCAGUAAACGGUACUGUUUUAAUAAGAUGCUACUUGUAGAUAUGGUAAAGGAUAGUUGUAAUUAGGAAAUUAAAAAUGUAAGCAGUUAUAUUACAAUUAUACAGUAUACUGUAUAAACUUCAUCACAAUUUAAUAAACAUUCACAAAAAAAAUAAAACAUUAAAAAAAACAUUACAGUGCAUGAAGUUAUCUAUACAGUAUUUUCAAAAUGUGCUGAUAUUGGGCUGUAUUCAUCCUUUUGAAGGAGUGGCUGCAAGAGCACAGUGCAGAAAGCUAAAAAAAACAACAAUCCAAAGCCAAAUCCUCAAAUGUAUCCUUAAGAUUUACAAAAUGCUUGCAGUACAUAUCUGUUGACAAAUCUACGAUGGGUAAAACAUCAAAAACGAGAAUGGAUGUCAUUUGAGGACACCACAGACAAAGCCACUCUUGUGUUUCGAAGUUGCAAAAGAGUGGCUGGAUGUUACCCAGCGGUACUGGCAAACUAUUGUGUGGACAGAUGAAAUGAGAGUUGAGUUGUUUGGAAGUAACAUACAAUGCUAUUUGUGGAAGAAAAGGGUGCACAGCACACCAUUCCAUUCAUUCCAAAGGUUCACAUACUUUUUCCAACUCUGCACAGUGACGUUUACAUGUUGUGAUUCGUGAAAAUAUUAGGAGUUUCAGGUUUUUGAAUCUUGAGGUGACUGACAUUUCUGAGCUGCUGACUAUGUUAAUAAGGUGUUGUUUCAUUAGAGCAUAUCCAUUUGUAAGUGUUCUCUCUCUGUCUGGUUUACAGUGGUGCAUAUUUCAAAGUUGUGGUCAAACAAGCAUUACAUCUCAUCUGGGCUAGACAGAAUUUCCUAAAAUCUUACAUCUGCUCCAUAGGUUUGCCGAGCUGAGGUUGCCGAGGUCUUGAGUUAUAUACUGAUAUUUUGCAUGAAGACAGUUUUUGUGACUUUAAUGUCCUAUACUUUCAAAAUAAUUUGGUUAAAUUCAAGGGUAUUCGACUCUGGUUCCACUGUUUUAUCCUAAUGCUGCCUCCUGAGCAGUAUGAACAAAUGUACUUUAUCACCCUGUUGGUUGUGUGAUUGGAACUUGUGAAACACACAGUAAGUGUCCCGGGUUAAACUUUCCUCGUCUUGCACGCCGUGCCCAUCAACCCUUUCUUUUUUUCCCACAGCUGAGGUGCCUUUGAGGAAGGCACCUGAAUCCCUCAAUAGUUCUGCAUUCACUGUGAUGGGUCAAAAUGAGAAAUUUCACUUUAUUGUAUGCUUGCAAAGAACACAAGACAGUAAACCUGAACAUUCACAAUCAAUCUAAAAAUGUCCAUAUCUGUGCAAUCGUGAUCUUUUUUUUCUUUCAGAUUCAUGCUAAUUGUCGCAUCAGGAGGGUAUAUUUCACAGAUAAACAAUAUACAGAGGAUGAGCUCCCACCUGAGUUUAAACU